CCCGCCGCAGGGUGAACCCAGGUUUCCAGGGGCAGCUGAAGCUUUACGAGGCCAUGGGCUGCGCCGUGGACAGCAGCAGCGCCCUUUACAAGCGGUACCGGCUGGAGAUGCUCACGGAGAGGUACCCCGAACUUCAAGACUUGCCCCGAGAAGUCUUUGCUAUUGAUCCAUCCAAUAUAUGUCAAACUCCAAACACAGAGGUUCUCUACAGGUGCAGGAAAUGCAGGCGCGCUUUGUUCCGUAGCUCUAGCAUUUUGUCCCACUUGGAAGGAAGUGGACCAACAGCCUUUGCCCACAAGAGGAUAACAGACUCUGCUCAGUUUUGUGGUGAUGGCCGAGAAAAAUGUACCUCUUAUUUCACUGAGCCCGUGCAGUGGAUGGAGCCAGCGUUGCUGGGAGUAAUGGAAGGACAGCUUCUGUGUCCCAAAUGUACAUCGAAGCUGGGCUCCUUCAGCUGGCGGGGUGAGCAGUGUUCCUGUGGCCGCUGGGUGACACCUGCCUUCCAGAUCCACAAAAGUCGAGUGGAUGAAGUGAGGACGCUGCCAGUUGGUAACUUCCAAACUGCCAAGACCUGAACUUGUCGCUUCCCUCCAUGGAUUUCUUAACAUCCACAGAGAACUGCUGUCUACUCAGUGGUUGCCAGGAGCGAGCUUAUGACUUCCAGCCUUGUAGUGCAGUGGAAUUACUUGUAUGUCUGCUCUAUUGAAGCUUGUUGUAUCUAUACUAUAUAUAAAAUAGCAAAACACUUCAAAGAGGUGUUAGACAAUGGUCAAAUAUAUACAAAAAUGCCUGAAUGUGAUGUUUUUAAUACACUGUCACUUCAUCUGUUGCUAUUUACAGGUCUCAACUCCUCAUUUACAAGGAAUGCUAACAUAUUACUUCCAGGCUGUGGCCAGCAGUACUGCUUGUCUUCUGAUCCAGGAGUUUCAAUCACUCUGUCCGAAACACCCAACUGAGAUUUUUGGGAGGUCUGUUCCACAACAUGAGGUACACAGUAGGGAGAUAUUUCUUAAAAUAUUUAUCAAAGUGCCAAAAGGUGGUACCAUUAUAACAGUUGCUUUAGUAUGCAUGGCAGCUACUAGCAGCAAAAGGCAAGUUUAUGGUUAUACUUUUAUUGUCAUAGAAGUAGUCCUAAAAACGUCUACCCCAAGAAUAUCUGUUCCAUUCUAGCUCUUUCCUGUAAUGGCUGAGGAGAUUAUACAAGCUGGACAGGAAUGGGAGUACUUAAGCAUCCCUGCCAAAUUGCUGCUUACAGGUUUAAAGAAAUCCCCAAAAUGAGGAAAUAAGAUUUUAGGAAGCUGUGAGCUUUCCCGAUGGUGUGCUGUGUACACCACUGGGGCAGAGGUUUAGUUUGACAGAAUACUGAUGACAGAUAAGACCUACUUUAAACCAGUUUUAUUUUCAUUGACUUCAACAGUUUUUAAAUUUUUCUUUUUUACACAAUUUCCAGCAACAUACAUUAUGAAAUAUACAAGAUAAAGUAGGUGGUGGGGUUCUGCCCAUCUUUUAAUUCCUCCCACAGCUGUGGAGGGAAGACUUACAGGACACAGUGAACAUCAGAAUUUCAACACUGAAAACAGACACAAACCAAAAAAAAAAAAAAAAAAAAGACAAAAGUAUAUAUGAAACUGUUUGAACUGGUCACACUUCAGGGCCAGGUACAGCACAAUAAAUAUUAGAACUGCAUUAUCUUAAACAUUUUCUGUGAAGUUUAUAACAUCCUCCAUUUAAAGAGAUAAGAACAUCUGGUUUCUAGCAUGAAAUGCCACAGAGGACAGUGGUGGGUACAAACAAUGAGGAAUCUGGCAAGGGCUGGGAUGGUGACUACUUCACACAUGCUCAUUGGUAAAAUAAGCAGCACACACCAGAAGUUUAGUGAGCUGUAAACUUAACCAUUCACUACCAGAAUAUCAGCUGGAGGAGUAGCUCCUUUCAGGAGAACCA